AUGGCGACCAUGAAAUUAGGAAACGUUAGCUCCCAAAACCACCUUCAAGGAAGCUAUUCCCUCUUGGCUAGUCGGCAUGUGCACCUCACGGCGGACCUACUCAGUGCUGGCUACUGGAACUACCUCCGCGAAGAUAUUACCGUAGCUCUGAUCGAGAAGCGCGGCCUGAUGAUCACUCUAUCGGAUCAGAAUGCGCCCCCGGAAGCAACGGAAGACAUGGACUUUGCAAAUUCUGUUACCUUCAUUCUAGGGAAGUUGAUUAACCGGUGCUUAUCGGUCGAUUCCUCACCCUUGGGCGUCAUGGAGUGGGAAGCCAUGAAGGCCGAGCUUGAUCGCUGGAAAUCUUUUCUUCCCCCAUCGUUUGAUCCGAUAGAAACUCCCGGGCUGAGGACGCCCAGCAGCUUUCCCCCCAUAUGGACUCUACGAAGCUGGCACGGUUGGACCCCUUCACAAGAGCGGUUCGCCUUCCCCGCUGACGUGACCAGUAUCGACUCUUCAUUACUACCAUACCGCCAUGGGCAUUCUUUGGCUGGCCCAGCCGGCACCUCGGCCCUUGAAAGCAUUGCAGCGCAUAGACGAUAUGGAUUGCUUGCGUCGGAAACUCGACUACCAUGCUACCGAGGUCUGUGCUUUGGCGGUUUCAAGUGA